GAAUGGCAUGCAUUAAUUUACACUCUUCACGUGUUUGUUUUGCUGAAGCUCAGUGCGUCAGACGCGCGCUCCUUGGAGAUCAGCAGAAUUAUCGCGGCGCGCAGCGCGCAGGCGUGAUCCAGUCUGAGCCGCGCGAGCUGGAGACCAGUCACUCGUGCAGCGCGUAUCUUCCGUAUCCUGAGCUCCACCUCUCCCGCCGGACAUGCCCUCCGGACCCCGGCGACGCUCCGCGCCUCUGCCCGGCGCGUGAAUGGCCCCCCGCCAUGGACGAAACGCCGUUCCAGAAAGUCAAGACGCGGCGCAGGAGGAGCCACUGCCCGCCCGGGGUCAUCGCGUGCGAGGACGAGUUCGACUGCAAGGAGCUCGAGUUGCUCUUCCGCAGCUACAGUCUGAAGCUGGAGCAGACGCGCACGCUGACGGCGCUGACGGUGCUCGCGCUGCUGGCGUCCAGUCUCAGCCUGCUGGAGCUGCUGCUGUCCGGCGCCAGCCUCACCGUCGCCAAGGGCUCGUACCCGGUGCACUCCGUCGUCUUCGUCUCGCUCUUCAUUGUCACCAACGUCAAGUACCUGCGGGCGGUUCAGCUGCAGCAGAUCUCGCACCUGAGCCUGCUCUUCUGCUUCAGCUUCUCGCUGCUGUGCUGCCCGUUCGCCGCGGCUCCGGAGCACGGUGUGUGGCAGCUUCUGCUGCUGACGUUCGUGUCGUAUGCGCUGCUGCCGGUGCGCACGCUGCUCGCGCUGCUGUUCGGUGUGCUGGUGUCCCUGGCGCACAUCAUCGUCACAGCUGCGUCGGUGACGGCGAGGACACAGCGGCUGUGGAGAGCGCUGGCUGUGAACACGCUGCUCUUCACCGGAGUGAAUCUGUCGGGUCUGUUUGUGCGGAUCUUGAUGGAGAGAGCCCAACGCAGAUCCUUCCUGCAGGCUCGAGACUGCCUCGAGGAGAAACUGCGCAUGGAGGACGAGAACGAGAAACAGGAGCGUCUGCUGAUGAGUCUGCUGCCCAGAAACGUGGCCAUGGAGAUGAAGGAGGACUUCCUGAAACCUCCAGAGAGGAUCUUCCACAAGAUCUACAUCCAGCGGCAUGAUCACGUCAGUAUCCUGUUUGCGGAUAUCGUGGGCUUCACAAGUCUGGCGUCGCAGUGCACAGCGCAGGAACUCGUUAAACUCCUCAACGAGCUCUUCGGCAAGUUUGAUGAGCUCGCCACGGAGAAUCACUGUCGGCGGAUCAAGAUUCUGGGCGACUGCUACUACUGUGUGUCCGGCCUGACGCAGCCCAAGACGGAUCACGCUCACUGCUGCGUGGAGAUGGGUCUGGACAUGAUCGACACCAUCACGUCGGUGGCUGAAGCUACAGAGGUGGAUCUGAACAUGCGUGUGGGUCUGCACACGGGACGGGUGCUCUGUGGCGUGUUGGGUCUCAGGAAGUGGCAGUAUGACGUGUGGUCGAAUGAUGUGACGCUGGCUAACAUGAUGGAGGCUGGAGGACUGCCGGGGAAGGUGCACAUCACUCGCUCCACGCUGGACUGUCUGAAUGGAGAUUACGAGGUGGAGCCGGGAAACGGCCGCGAGAGACACUCGUUCCUGCUCAAACACGACAUCGAGACCUUCUUCAUAGUGCCAUCUCACCGCAGGAAGAUUAUUCCUGGUCUGAUCCUGUCAGACAUUAAACCUGCCAAAAAGAUGAAGUUUAAGACGGUGUGUUUCUUGUUGGUGCAGCUCAUGCACUGCCGCAAGAUGUUCAAGGCUGAGAUUCCCUUCUCCAAUGUCAUGAACUGUGAGGACGGGGACAAGAGGAGGUUGCUGCGCUUGGUGCCGGAGAAGCUCAGGAACCGGACCUCCACGACGGCUAACACGACCCAGAGCAGCCCGGGGACACGGGUCAACCGCUACAUCAGCCGUCUGAUCGAGGCCCGGCAGACGGAGUCCCACACAUCUGACCUGCACUACCUCACGCUCACCUACAGAGACCCGGAGCGAGAGCGCAGGUAUCAUCAGCUGAAUGACGAGUACUUCACCGGCGCUGUGCUUCUGUCUCUCGUCCUCACGGCUCUGAUCGCCAUCCUCUACCUGCUCAUCAUGCCUCAGCGGAGGCUCGUGUUGGUGCUGCUGGUCUUCUGCAUCUGUUUCCUGGUCGUGUGCAUCAUGUACCUGCACAUCUCUAGAGUUCAGUGUUUUCCAGGGUGCCUCAGCGUACGGAUCCGCACCGUCCUGUGUGUGUCUAUAGUGCUCUUAAUACACGCCGUGGCCCAGGCCUGUGUGGUGGGCUGCAUGCCGUGGCUCUGGCCGUCUAACUCCACACACUCCAUCGUGAUCAUCGAUGUGUCCGCAGGGCUGAACUGCACCAUGGCGGAGCUGCCGUGUGAAGGAGCGCCGUACGCCCUGCUGUGCUGCAUGCUGGGGACGCUGACCGUGGUGCUGUUCCUGCGAGUGUCCUGGCUGUCCAAACUCUUUCUGCUGCUGCUGCUGCUGCUGCUGUACAUCACCGUGCUGGAGCUCAGCGGAUUCAGACGCUCCUCGGGGACGGUGUUGAUGAGCGCUCGCGGUCUGGAGCCCAUCCUCUCUCUGCUGCUGUUCUCCACCGCUCUCGCCCUUCACUCCAGACUGAUGGAGCUCAAGCUGCGCCUGGACUUCCUCUGGGCCACACAGGCGGAGGAGGAGAGAGAUGGCAUGGAGAAAGUUAAACUGGACAACAAGAGGAUCCUGUUCAACCUGCUGCCGGUUCACGUGGCUCAACACUUCCUGCUGUCUAACCCCAGAGACAUGGAUCUGUAUUACCAGUCCUACGCUCAGGUUGGUGUUCUGUUCGCUUCCAUCCCCAACUUUAAUGACUUCUACAUCGAGCUGGAUGGAAACAACAUGGGUGUGGAGUGUCUGCGGCUGCUCAACGAGAUCAUCGCCGACUUCGACGAGCUCCUGGAUAAAGAGUGUUAUAAAGACAUUGAGAAGAUCAAGACCAUCGGCAGCACGUACAUGGCAGCGGUGGGUUUGGUGCCCACCAUCGGAACCAAGGAAAAGAAAUCCACAUCAGAGCACCUGAGCACCAUCGCAGACUUCGCCAUCGAGAUGUUUGACGUUCUGGAUGAAAUCAACUACCAGUCAUAUAAUGACUUCGUCUUGAGAGUGGGUAUUAAUGUGGGUCCGGUGGUGGCUGGGGUCAUCGGGGCCCGUCGGCCACAGUAUGAUAUCUGGGGAAACACGGUGAACGUAGCCAGCCGCAUGGACAGCACCGGAGAGCCUGGGAAGAUACAGGUGACGGAGGAAGUCAACCGUCUGCUUCAGAGCGACUAUGAUCUGGUGUGCCGUGGCAAUGUCAGCGUGAAGGGCAAAGGUCAGAUGCUCACAUAUUUCCUGGAGGGUAAAGCGCAGGACCCUGGGAGCCGAGCGCCGCAUCACACCGGGGGCCUGGAGCGCAGGGUUCACGCCAUCGCCCGCUCCAGCAGCACACACACCAAAGACGACGGUACCGUGUCCGUGGCCGGGUCAGCGUGAGAAGCAGCACUCCGGGGUCAUGAAGCACCACCGCUAAUGUGCCUAUGCUAAGAGAAGAACAGGAGGUCAAGGGGGGGAUGUAGGACCAAUCAUCUGCAGGAGGAAAGAAUUAACCCUCUUCCCUUUAUUCAGGAACACCUAUGUUCACUUCCAUAAUGUACUUUAUGCAAUAAUUUUUUACUUAAUAUACUAAAAAAUGAUUCUUUAGUGCUUCUUAUUAUAAACUUAAGGUCAUCUAAGUGUACUCUACUGUGCUAUUUUGGGACACUAUGAAUAUGAACUAAAAUGUGCUUUUAACAUAGUGGGCCCUAUUUUAACGAUCUAAAUGCAAAGUGUAAAGUGCAUGGCGCAGGUGCACUCAGGCCGUCCAAAUCCACUUCUGCUAUUUUAACGACGCAAAAGCAGUCCGUGUGCCGGGGCAUAACGUUCAAUAAACCAAUCAGAGUGUCAUCUCCAAUUCUUCCUAUUUAAAUGGCGGAAUAUGUUGGCGUAAAAGCUGAACGAAGAAACCGAUCUGCUCAUGUGCGAAGUUAAAGCGCUCGAGCAGAUCAUCUACCGGACAAGCAGGAAUCCACCAAAUCUUUCCGAGGUGAAGAAGUUAUAGGAUGAAGUAGAAUUUAAUUCAUUAUUAUAAGUAGUAAUAGGCUGAAUUGCAAAUAGGUAGCCUAAUUCUAAUACACGCAAUGUCUGUAUUUUUAAUCAUUUUUGUAUUUAUGUAGCCUACACAAUAAUAUUCUUUUACACUGUAAUCCUUUUGUUUUUAAUUUUUGGCAUGUUUGUGUGAUGUGCAUCCCUGUGUGUAAUAAGCAAAGUUAGUGCACACUGUGGACCCGCCCAGACGUGCAUUUUCUACCAACACGCUCUUUAAAUAACAAAAAAAUAUUGUGCCAUUGACUUUAGACUUCAGAGUUUUGAGUUGGUUUGAGUUGGUCUAUGGCACAGUCUAUUUUCAGCUCCUUAAAAUAGAAAAGCGCCUGAACACACCUCUUUUUAAGCAUUGCAUUGUUUAAUGCAUUUGCUAAUUAAACGACGUGGCUCUGGACAGGAAAAUGCGAACGGCGCCGGACUGAAACUAGCUAACACACUUGCACUGCACCUUGCAUCACAUUGCGCCGGGUGUAUGAAAGGUCCAGUAUCUUUUUGUUUUAUAAAAAAUAUAUAAUAAUUUACCACUUGUAGUACAAGUGAACCAUCUUUCAUACACUAGUACACUCAAGUGUGACUAAAUACAGUUUGUUUUUAAAUACAGAGAUGGUAUGUUAAAAGCACAUUCUAAUUCAUAUUCAUGGUGUUCCAAAAUUGCAGUUAUAUCAUAUACUGACAUUAUAUAUCAAUACACUAUUUGUGUAUAUAGAACUAGAGAAAUCAGGGAGUUUGAUAACAGCUUUAUCCUCAUCAUCAUCCUCAGCUGUAGUCACACUGAUAGACUGUCCUGACACUAUAAAUAACAACCUGAUAUUUAUAUUAAUUUAUAAAGUGGAGUCCAAAUCAUAUGACACUGCACUGAAAAAGCUUCAGUUUCACAUUCUCAUGACUGAAUACGCUGCUACGCUCGCUCGAUGGCACCACGGGUUCACUUCAGCGGCGAGGGAUCUUCGGCAGCACGUCCCACCUUCCUCCCGGGCUUCGGCACCAAUGUAACAAUGUUCUUUCAUGGGAAGAAGGAGGCGGGAACUGGUGGACAAAAAAAGAAAAAAAUGUAAAUAAUAAAAAAAUAGACAAAGCAGCGCGGCAGCCCCUCACAGACGACUGCAACGCACAAACAAAAUCAAAACUAAAUUAAAAUCCAGGUCUGGUCCUCUCUCUCCUGUUUUAUAUCCUUCCAUCUCCUCCAUGGGACUCGAGAUCGGUGGUGGGUCGAGCAGGUGUCGCUCAUUUCCAAUCACUCCACCGGCCUCGCACCAUUCCCACAGCUCUCAGCCCCGCCCCACUCGUCACAGAGAUGUAGUUAGCUUUUGUCAGCUGCUGAUUUAUUAAACAAUGUUUCUUUGCAGAUUUAAACUAUAUUUUGUGUCUUAGACUGUCAGUGUGGUGUCAGGCAUGUGGACCCCACUGUGUGUGUGUGCUGUGAUAAAGUGUGUGAUUAACAGGGACAAACCUCAACGUGCUGAAUAUGUGCCAAUGAAAUUAAAUCUCAGUCUGAAGUGUGAAGCCUUGCUCUCAGUUGUUGAAGCUCUAAGACUGGCAAGAGCAGAAUCCAAAUCUUCAGUACUUAUCUUGCUUGAUCUGUCCGCUGCUUUUGACACAGUUAACCACCAGAUCCUCCUAUCAACCCUACUGGCAAAAGGCAUCUCAGGAACAACACUUCAAUGGUUUGAGUCUUACCUAUCAGAUAGGUUCUUCAAAGUAUCUUGGAGAGGUGAGGUGUCCAAGUCUCAACAUCUAACUACUGGGGUGCCUCAGGGCUCAGUUCUUGGACCACUUCUCUUCUCUGUCUACAUGGCAUCAUUAGGUUCUGUCAUUCAGAAACAUGGCUUUUCAUACCACUGCUAUGCUGAUGACACUCAACUCUACCUCUCAUUCCAUCCUGAUGAUCCGACGGUAACUACUCGCAUCUUCAUACUUGCUGGAUGAAGGACCAUCACCUUCAACUCAACCUUGCCAAGACAGAACUGCUUCUGGUUCCAGCAAACCCGUUGUUUCAUCAAGUUAGGCACAUCAACCAUAACUUGUUCAAAAACAGCUAGAAGCCUUGGAGUUAUGAUUGAUGAUCAGCUGACUUUCUCAGACCACAUUGCUAAAACUGUCCGAUCCUGCAGAUUUGCUUUAUUCAACAUCAAGAAGAUCUUGUUUAUUGUGUUGUUUAUUAUUUAAAAGCCCUUGUUCCAUGCACUGCGUUUAAGGUAACAGAGACAUGUUAUAGCAUUUGUAUCAUUGCUCUCUUGUUUUUGAUUGCUUCCAUUGUCCUAAUUUGUAAGUCGCUUUGGAUAAAAGCAUCUGCUAAAUGACUAAAUGUAAAUGUAGGUGUAUUGAUUGGAUCUGAUUUUGUCAUCAGCACUCACCGUAAUAAUAACAGUGUGACAUGACUGACACGAUCAAAUACUCUGUGCACAAGAGGACUUCACUCAUGAAUGUGUGGUGUGUUUCUGGGGCUUCUACCUGAGCCAGGCGGAUGGUUUGAUGUUAAAGAGGUCAGUAAUGUGUAGUCUAUGUGGGCACAAGAGUACAGUGACCAUCUACUGACACUGAGGUCAACAACCCGUCCACGAGGAAAACACUCACACACAGUGUAUAGAUCUCUGUAGACUGGUGUGUGUUUACAAGCACAAACUCAUUCUCUGAUUCUGUACAUUUCUGAGACUGUUUGUGAGGAGAAACAAUGACUCUUUUUAUAUUUCUAUGGCAGAUGUUUAUUUUCAUUCUGAUGUUUUGAAUCAUGAUGCUUUUCUUCUUCAGGGUAUGAAUCGAUCUCUCAGUCGCUCUCUGUACUGUCGAAACAGUAUUCUUGCCUUAUUUGACACGCUUGUGGUGCUUAAAGUCAUUUGCCUUUUAGCUCUUUGAUAUACAGAAGUGUAUUUGUAAAUACAGCGAUGAAUGAUAUACUGUCCUUUGUACAGUGUAAACCUGAGCAAAACAAGUUUGUAAUAAAGAAAGUAUUAAAGUACAACUGUUCUCAA